AUGGGGGCUCAAGCAUCAACUUCAAAUAAUAUUCCAUUGAAGUCCAAAUCUUUAUCACAGAAAUUAUUCCUAGAUAUUGCAGAUGAUAUUGGCUCUGGAAAUGCUGACGAGUAGGACAUGCAGGUAAGAAUAGGUUCUUACAAGGAUCUAAAGUCAAAGUUUCUGAGUGCUUCAAAGUUACACCUGGAUGAGCAGCUAGGAUACAACUCGACUCAGGAAUUCACUGACGAAAGUCUUGAUGAGGUCCGCUUCAGAGAGCAAAUGCUUGAAGACACCAAAAUGCUAGGCAGUCCAGCUGCAGGCUCACCCACCAAGUAAUCGUUCAAAUCGAAGUUUGAAUGA